GUAUUCCAUAUCGUACGUGAACAAAGAUAGUCAAAAUGGGAAAACAACUUAUUAUGGUACUGCUUACGAUCCUAUUCAAACUGAAGAUGAAUAGUGCAGGAUCUAUCAAUUAUGCGAUAACUAAAGAUACAGGUAUUGCACGAAGUAUAGUUCCAGAACUUUGGGUUGAAAAGGACGGAAAUACUUUAUAUUACUUUGGAUAUACAUUUACGGGAAGUUGGAUCCAAGCAUUAGAGCAUUGCAAGGCGCUUAAUAUGGAUUUAGUUAGUAUAGAAACGAGCGAAGAAAAUGAGUAUCUUUAUGACCAGAUGAAGGGAUUUUUUGGUGGCCGGGACCAAUACUCUUUUUGGACAUCAGGAACUACAUUGGCUUACGGCAAAUGGGCAUGGAUGGGGACAGGCCGUCCAAUUUUGUAUAGUAACUGGUCAGCAAAACCAUCUGGUACAAAAGACACAUUCUGUCUAGAGGCUAAAUACGAACCCAAUAAUAAAGGUCUUCAAUGGAACGAAAAUAAACAAGAUGCGAGUCUGCAUGCAAUCUGUGAAGCUAAAAUUACAGAGGAUCUAGUAAAUAUAAUUCCUGAAUUGUGUAGUUUUAAAGACUUUUUAAGCAUAGAUUAAGUUUGAAACAAACAUGGAUUAUAUUUGAUGAAAUAAACGUAGCCCUCACACUAAA